GGAGGGGCAGCGGCGGCCCCGGCAGCGGCGGCGGCGCCGCCAUGAAGCGGGACGUGCGGAUCCUGCUGCUGGGAGAGGCCCAGGUGGGGAAAACGUCCCUGAUCAUGGCUCUGGUGGGAGAGGAGUUCCCUGAAGAGGUGCCUCCUCGUGCAGAGGAGAUCACAAUCCCUGCUGAUGUCACCCCUGAGAAGGUCCCUACACACAUAGUGGACUAUUCAGAGUCAGAGCAGACAGAGGAUGAGCUGCAGGAGGAGAUCUCCAAGGCCAACGUGGUGUGCGUGGUGUACGACGUGACCCAGGAGGCCACCAUCGAGAAGAUUCGCUCCAAGUGGAUCCCCAUGGUGAACGGGGGGCUGGAGAAGGGCUCCAGGAUCCCCAUCAUUUUGGUGGGAAACAAGUCUGACCUGCAAGUUGGGAGCUCCAUGGAUGUCAUCCUGCCCAUCAUGAACCAGUUCUCGGAGAUUGAGACCUGUGUGGAGUGCUCUGCCAAGAACCUCAAGAACAUCUCUGAGCUCUUCUACUACGCCCAGAAAGCUGUGCUGCACCCCACUGCUCCGCUCUACGACCCCGAGGAGAAGCAGCUGAAACCCGCGUGUGCACAAGCACUGACCCGGAUCUUCAACCUCUCGGACCAGGAUAACAACCAGAUCCUUAGUGAUGAUGAACUCAACUACUUCCAGAAGUCCUGCUUCGGAAACCCUCUGGCUCCCCAGGCCCUGGAGGAUGUGAAGAUGGUUGUGUGGAAGAACACGACGGACGGGGUGCAGGACAACGGGCUGACACUGAACGGCUUCCUCUUCCUCAACACACUCUUCAUCCAGAGGGGCCGGCACGAGACCACCUGGACCAUCCUCCGCCGCUUUGGCUACGACGAAGAGCUGGUGCUGACAGAGGAUUAUCUGUACCCACAGUUCCGCGUCCCCCCCGGCUGCUCCACGGAGCUGAACCACCUGGGCUACCAGUUCCUGCAGCGGCUCUUCGAGAAGCACGACAAGGACCAGGACGGAGCCCUGUCUCCCUCAGAGCUGCAGAGCUUCUUCAGCGUGUUCCCCCGCGUGCCCUGGGGCCCCGAGCUGUGCCACACGGUAUGCACCACUGACACAGGCCUGCUCCCCCUGCAUGGAUUCCUCUGCCAGUGGACGCUUGUGGCGUACCUGGACGUGAGGCACUGCCUGGAGUGCCUGGGCUACCUGGGCUACCCCAUCCUGGCUGAGCAGGACUGCCAGACACAGGCCCUGACAGUCACCAGGGAGAAGAGAAUCGACCUGGAGAAGGGCCAGACCCAGAGGAACGUGUUCCUGUGCAAGGUGCUGGGGGCCCGAGGCGUGGGCAAGUCCUGCUUCCUGCAGGCCUUCCUGGGCAGGAGCCUGGCGGCCCAGAGGGAGAGCCCAGGAGCCCCGUCCCUCUACACCAUCAACACGGUGCAGGUCAACGGCCAGGAGAAGUACCUCAUACUGUACGAGGUCAGUGCUGACACAGAGUUCACGAAGGCCUCGGACACAGCCUGCGACGUCGCCUGCUUCAUGUACGACCUGAGGGACCCCAGGUCCUUCAGCUACUGUGCCAGUGUCUACAAGCAACACUACAUGGACAGCCAGAUCCCCUGUGUCUUCGUGGCCUCCAAGGCAGACCUGCCAGAGGCGAGUCAGCAGCCUGGGCUGUCCCCAGCCGAGUUCUGCUACAGGCACUGCCUCCCUCCACCCUUCCCCUUCUCCUGCCACGGCCAGGGCCCGCCACCCACCACCAUCUACACCAAGCUGGCCACUGCUGCCACCUUCCCGCACCUGAACGCCGCGGAGCUGGGAGCCGCGUCGCUGUGGCUGCGGCUGGCGCUGGGGGCCGCGGUGGCCGCCGUGCUGGGGCUCACGCUGUACCGAGCCCUGGCCAGGAGCAAAUGAGUGUCCCUGGCGCCCUCCUCAGCCCCCUGAGCCCUGGCUGGUCCCUGGGUGGGGGAUCCUGGUCCCCGGGUGGGGGAUCCUCCCCCUGCCCCCGGUGCCGCCUCCAGCCGGACGGAUGCCCGGCCGCGCCGAGCCGCAGCCCCGUGCCCGGGGGGCAGCAGGACCCCGGCAGCUCAGCCCCCGGGCUCAGCCUCACCAGCAGCUGCAGGACCACCCUCAGCUUUUUAUUCCCUCGGGUUUGUUGUUUAACGUUGGUUUUUAAGCCCAGCCCUGAGUGUCUCAGAGUUUCCUCAGCGCUCCCCCGAGGGCUGUGCCGGUGCCCUCCGUUCCGGGCGCAGCGCUCCCUGGGGCCCCCAGCAGCAGCAGCAGAGCUGGCACACGGGCUGGUGGCUCCAUCCCCCCUCACAGCUCCAGCCCCUGGCCCCAUUUCCUUCAGGCAGCUCUGGGAAGGGCCAGUCCCCACAGCCCAUCCCCCUCCCUGCCGUGCCCACCCCUCGUCAUGGCCAGUGUUGUUGGGGCCAGGAGCCCUGAGCAGCCAGGGAGGGGGUGAGGGUCCUGCUCCUGCUGUCCCCUCCCUGGGGCCUUACCCACACCACAGCCAGCUCAGGGCACCACAUCUCCUGCUACAACUGGAAGCUCUUUUCCCCCUGCCCAUGCCUGAGUUGGCCUUGAGCUGCUGUCCCUUCCCUGUGGUGCCAAGGUGAGUCUCUCAGCACCCCAGUCCCUGGGUGCCCCCUCCCAGCACACUCAGGUUGGGGUCUGUGCCAGCAGCCCCCGGUGCCAGCUGCAGCUGCUUUGCUGGAGUUCUACUCUCUUUAACCAUUUUCUUGUAGCCUGGGGCCAGGGAGGGGGGUGAGGAGUGACCAGGCCCCAGGCAGCACUGGCUUGAGGUGAGGGUCUCCUGGGCUGGGGCUCGCUGCAGCCCCACAGCUCAUGGCACUGCCCUGGCCCUUGUGUGUGCCUGUGGCUGGUGGCUGGGCCCCACUGGCAGCCCCAUCUCCCCCUGCCCAAGCCAGACCCUGACCCUUUGCAGUUUGUUCUCUACAACUCAAUAAAUUUUUACACAUGUU